AUGUCUUUAAGUGAUGACGAGAGCGAAGAGAAAGAAAUAAAAGGUUUUAUUACAGUUGUUGAUUUAGGUCUAAACAAACAAAGAAAUGAAACACAAAUUAGACUUCGCGUCAAAGAGUAUGUGGAAAAAAUAGUUUCUAAUUACACCUCUGAAGAAUUCAAAAUACACUUCAGUGGCAAAAAACCUAUACCAGCUCAAAAACAACUUCUGUUAGCUUUGUGGAUGAUGGCAACACCUGAUUCAUAUAGGUCUGUAUGUGUGAAAUUCGAUGUAGGAAAAGCUACAGCAAUUCGUAUUAUGAGGAGAGUUACUUAUGCCUUGCACACUCUUGCUCCACGAUUUAUUCAGUGGCCUCAGGAUGAGAGAGCAACCAAAGUGAUGGAAGAAUUUGAAAAAGUUAGUGGAUUCCCUAAAAUUAUCGGAGCUAUUGAUGGUACGCACUUCAAGAUAAUUGCUCCACAGGAGGAUAAACAAUCAUAUGUAAUUUGUAUUCAAAAAUUGCUCUUUACAAGUGUUUUGGCUGGGAAUGUUGGAUCGGUGUAUGAUGCACGUGUUUUUCGACUCUCUUCUGUCAGAGAAUAUAUUGAAAAUCCACUAAUCUAUUUUCCUAACGAUUCUCAUAUUGUCGGAGAUGCUGCUUAUAGUAUUCAUCCUCAUAUUAUGGUGCCCUUUAAGGAUAAUGGGCAUUUAACAGCCAGACAAAAAAAUUUUAAUUUGUGUCAUUCUUCAGUGAGAACUUCAAUUGAAAGAGCAAUUGGGCUGUGGAAAAUACGCUGGAGAAGCAUUCUCGAUUGUUUGGCUAUGGUCACUAUAGAAAAAAUUCCUGAAUACUUAGUAGCUACUUAUGUAUUACAUAAUAUUUGUAUAUUGAAAGGAGAUUUGAUAGAUUUAAAUCAAGUAUAUGAAGAAGAUACAUCGUAUGGAACAUUAAUAUCUAAUAGAGUGGAGGAUAGUAAUGUUAAACGACAAAGAAUUAUGAAUAAUUUGACAAUGAGAGUUAUUUAA